UGUCAGUAGUAUUAAGAAUUUUUUUAUUUUAUGUGUUUAAAGGCGUAUGUUGUAUAACAGUAUUUAAACACUUAUUUGUUUAUCUGUAACGUUUAAUCUAUCGUCAACGUAGAGAGCGUAGACAUUUUUCUUCAGCAAGUGAAAAUGGUAUGCYUUCCGUCUGAACAGUAUUUCCUCCUUGGUUUUCAUUUGGUGCUUGUAUUUGGAAAGGAUUGUGGUCCAGCAGAAUACAAAACUAGUGAUGGGCAGUGCUGCCCAAUGUGUAAUAAAGGCUUGGUGGUCCGCAGAGAUUGUACAUUGGAUUCCAGCACAUCUUGCAUGCCCUGUAUCAGAGGGACCUUCAUGAACGAGGCCAAUGGUCUAACCAAGUGCUUUCCCUGCAGUCCCUGUGACCCAGGACAGGGCCUGUUCACUCAGRCAGAGUGCAAACCAACAAGUAACACAGUCUGCGACGUUCUAGAUGGAUUCUACUGUAGAAGCUACUCAUCCAACUCUAAGUGUAGCUUUGCAGUAGAACAUACACACUGUUCACCGGGACAGAGUACUAAAUCACCUGGUACAAAGACAACAGAUACCAUGUGUGAGGAGUGUCAACAUGGCUUUUACUCACAACAUGGUGUCAACUGCACUGCUUGGACUGGUUGUGCAGCAAUGGGACGCAUGAAGACUGAAGAUGGAAAUUCUAGACAAGAUGUUAUUUGUAACAAAGUGCCAUCAAGGAGUCAUACCACUCUAAUAGCUUCAAUAAUAUUGUUAUUAUUAGGCCUAGAGUAGCUGCACUGUUUUGUUUUCAUUUAAAAAAUAUAUUUUUUAAUCUAAAUCCUAAUCAUUUGAAGUUAAUAAGUCCUCAUACAACAUUGUUAUGCAAGCAAAAGUCUUUAUUGAAAAAUAAUUUCUAGUGAGUGAAAAAUUCUGUUAAUUUUAUGGCUAAAUAAUCCAAUGUUGUUCUUGUCAUUUAGUCUGUUUUAGUAGCUAUAGCAAUCCUAACUUUUGUAAUACAUCAUAGGUUCCUUUCAAGAAACGGGACCUGUAUAAGUGACCAGUAAUCCCGUACGUUAUCUAUUUGGAUCAAUAUUUCAGACUAUCAUAGUAAUAACUGAGUAAUGCAGAUUACUUUAUACUAGGGAUUAGAGGUCGACAGAUUAUGAUUUUUCAAUGCCGAUACAGAUUAUUGGAGGACCAAAAAAAGCCGAUCGGCCGAUUUGUUUAAAACAAAUGGUAUUAUAAUUUUUGGGGUUUUGUAUUUAUGACAAUUACAAACAUACUGAAUGAACACUUAUUUUAACUUAAUAUAAUACAUCAAUCAAACAAUUUAAC